AUGCAUACAUAUCUUACUCAAGGGCAGAACUUAACACUUGCUUCCUCCAUAAUCACAUUUUGCAUCUUAUUGACUUAUUUAAUUUAUGCGAUCCACCCAUCUACCAAUCUCAUCCAACCCCCAUUAGACACCGAUAUCAAAUACAAUUCUUCGCUAACAACACAGCUACCACGGCCAACAACAAAACCAAUUCAAGAAGAACCCACUGUACCACUAGCUUGUCAAAAUGUUGAUUAUCAAUGGCUGGCAUCUGAUCGAUAUUACUGGGAUGGAUGGGUAUCCAAAACAAUGUUUAUGUCUCCUGAUGGCAGCUACACAGAAGCUAAUGUGAAAAUAUCCAGUGGCGAGUCAAUAUGCAUUGUAGUUCUGCUUGGUCCUAUCCCAGCCAGUUCCAUGAUAAGCCCUAGGAAACGCUUUGGGCCUUCGGAUAGCAUUGUUAUGAAAGCUGUUGGAAAACAAUCAAAAAUCGAGAUCAAUCUUCACCAGAGCCCAGAACGAUCCAAUGUUUAUUUCGCUUCAAUCACCCUGUUCCAUCCUGACACUUUUUAUCUCCAGAGUGUGACAGAAUAUAGAUCUUACUUUUGGGAGACUCCCAUUUAUCAUGCCUAUCGUCCCUUCAGUUUUCGUUCCAUUAACCGGCUGGUAGUUAUGCCAGCAGAAUCCAAAAAGACCAUCCUACUUCCAUGCGAUGCGAGCCGUUCUGAACAUCUUCAAGGUAGCUGGCGGACCAACACUAGACUGAAUCAUAUACAUAAUCCGGAGGCUGGUGUGGCGUCAGUCAAUGAAGAAUAUACAUUUGUGCCAGAUCUGUGCUACAGACCAUUUGGACGUCGUCCAACAGAUGAGUGUCCAAGGUUUCAAGCAAUACACGUUUGGGGAGAUGACCAUAUCAAAAGAAAUUUGAAAGCAUUAGAAGACCCAUUAUGGUGUGAGGGAGGACCAAAAGUAAAUUUGGAUUGUGUUUGUAAUAAUGAAGACAAUAAUGCCAAUGGGUCACAUUGGGAAAACAAUCCAAAUGUUCCACUGGUCCUAAAUUCUUCUACUGUCGGCAUUACCAGCUUUUAUUAUAACAAGCUUGGAAGCAUUACCUUAAAAGACUGGCGGGAAGAGAUCACUCUGCAAGCCUCAUUAUUACCUCAGGCUAAUGUAGUUAUUCUUGGCCUUGGUAACAUUGACAUUGGACUUUCGCGAAUGUUACCCUCUCAGUUUAAUGCAUCGUUCUAUGAUGUACUGACUCAUAUGGUAAAGCAAGUCUAUCCACAUCAAACAAUCAUCGUAAAGGCUCCUCAGUAUUUUGGAAAUGGUGUACUGCAAAACAGUGCGUGGAAUGCAGGACGAAGUGUGGCAUUUUCUAUUGUUGUUGAACAAGCAGUCCAUAGUAUGGGGGAUCGUGUAUUGUUGUGGAACGUGCGUCAACUUGGAAUGCAAGACAUGACAUGUUCAUUUGCAGGUACCGCCUACACCAAGAGUAAUCUCGUUCCUCUAGAAAACGAACUUUUAUCGAGCCUCGUGUGUAUGCAUAAAUAA